UAUUUCAUUUAAAUUAAUAUGCAACCACAAUAUUAAUUACUUGCAGCCAUGGAUAUCAAGACCAACUCGAGAUCCCUGCUUGUUCUCUUCAUCUGCCUGUUUUUGAAGACCAAUCUCUCUUUUGGAGCUGAUACCAUCUCUGCAAGCCAAUCCCUCUCUGGUGACCAAACCAUUGUCUCUAAAGGUGGAGUCUUUACUCUCGGAUUCUUUGAUCCAGGUGAUACUUCUAAAUUCUAUAUAGGCAUGUGGUACACGAAAAUAAAGACCCAGACUAUAGUAUGGGUGGCAAAUAGAGAGCAGCCAGUUUUAGAUAGAUUUUCUUCUGAGGUGAAAAUCUCUGAUGGUAAUUUAGUUCUUUUCGAUGAGUCCAAACUUCCAAUUUGGUCCACAAAUGUAAGCUCCACCAGUUCCUCCCCAGUACAAGCAGUACUUGGAGAUAAUGGAAAUCUAGUGUUAAGUGAUGGUUCCAAUUCUUCAAAUCCUUUAUGGCAAAGUUUUGAUAAUCCUACUCAUACCUUUCUUCCUGGUAGUAAAAUUUCGUACAACAAAAUAACCAAAACCUACCAAGUUCUGACUUCAUGGAAGAAUUCCAUAGACCCUUCCCCAGGCCUCUUUACUCUUCAGCUAGACGAAACCGACAACUCGUUUAUCAUACUUCGGGAUAAGUCUAGGAGAUAUUGGACUAGUGGACCUUGGAAUGGACGCAUUUUUAGCUUUUUCAAUGUUGUAUCGAAUGAAAAUGAAAGUUAUUUUACAUAUUCGGUUAAACCCACUUCUACAAUCACAUCUCGAUUGGUGAUGGAUGUUUCUGGGCAGAUUAAGCAACUAAAUUAUCUGCCUGAUAAUGGAUGGACUUUGUCUUGGUCUCAACCGAGAACACAAUGUCAAACUUAUGCUUUCUGUGGGCCAUAUGGCAGCUGCGAUAGCAGGUCCUUGCCCUAUUGUAAAUGUUUGAGGGGAUUUAAGCCCACGUCUCAGAGUGAUUGGGAUUUGAAGGAGUAUUCUGGUGGUUGCACAAGAGUAUCCCAACUUAAAUGUGGUAACGACAGCCUUCCUGAUGGUGAGAAAGACAGAUUUUUAGAGAUGCCCAACAUGUUAUUACCUGACAACAACAGAAUUUUAAGGAAAAAUAUACACUCUUUGGAUUUAUGGGACUCCGAUAAAUGCAAAUCAAGGUGUCUAAACAUCUGUUCUUGCACAGCUUAUGCCUUUCAGAGCAAUAGCUGUUCAAUUUGGCUAGAAGAUGUCAUAAAUUUGUUGGCAGCAGGUGACGACAGUACCACUAUCUAUGUUAAGCUAGCAGCUUCUGAGUUUCAGGAUCAUAAAAACAAAGUGAUCAAGUUUUUGAAGUCGAAGAUACUCUAUGUUGUCCUGGGAAUUAUAGCAGCUGCUAUUCUCAUCUUAAGUAUUGUUUGUUCUCUUUAUUAUCAGAGAAGAAAAAAAAAGAUCAAAAGUCAAGGUGACAAAAAGAAAACUUGGGGAAAACAGGUAGUUGGCUUGUAUGAUACUGAGAAACAAAUCGCCAACCACAUAAAAUCAUGCCAGUUUGGAGAAGAUGAAAGAGAAGGUAUAGAUGUGCCCUUUGUUGAUUUGGAAACUAUAGUAAUGGCUACAGAUAAUUUUUUAGACGCAAACAAACUUGGACAAGGAGGUUUUGGCCCUGUUUAUAAGGGAAAACUUCGAGGAGGUCAAGAAAUUGCUAUAAAGAGGCUCUCAAGUGGCUCACGACAAGGCUUAGAGGAAUUUAAGAAUGAAGUUAUGUUGAUUGCAAAGCUUCAGCAUCGGAAUCUUGUCAAACUUUUGGGCUAUUGUGUCGAAGGAGAAGAAAAAUUAUUACUGUAUGAAUAUAUGCCCAACAAAAGUUUGGACUCAUUCAUAUUUGAUCAAACAUUACGUGUGUUGUUAAAUUGGGAGUUACGCUUUGACAUCAUAUUGGGAAUUGCUAGAGGUCUUCUUUAUCUCCACCAUGAUUCAAGAUUAAGGAUUAUUCAUAGAGAUUUGAAAACAAGUAAUGUUCUAUUAGAUGAAGAAAUGAAUCCCAAAAUUUCCGACUUUGGCUUGGCUAGGAUAUUUGGAGGCAAACAAACUGAAGCAAGCACAAGAAGAGUAGUAGGAACAUAUGGAUACAUGUCUCCAGAAUAUGCAUUAGAUGGAAUUUUCUCAAUUAAAUCCGAUGUUUUCAGUUUUGGUGUUAUGCUUUUAGAAAUUGUAAGUGGUAAGAGAAAUACGGGAUUUUACCAAUCUGAACAAGCCUUGAGCCUUCUGGGAUAUGCAUGGAAAUUGUGGAGAGAUAACAAAGCAUUGGAUCUAAUGGAUGCAACGUUAAGUGAGAGUUGCAACACAAAUGAAUUCAUGAAAUGUGUUAAUGUGGGGCUGUUGUGUGUGCAAGACGACCCAAGUGAUCGUCCCACCAUGCCAAAUGUGGUGUUCAUGCUUGGGAAUGAAACAGCAAGCCUAUCAAAUCCUAAGCAACCAGCCUUUGUUGCGUGGAGAUCUAUUUCUACCUCUGCCUCUCCUAAUAAACCAUUAUCAGUUAACGAGUUAACAACUAGCUUAGAGCAUGGCCGAUAAGUGGAAUUUUUUGUAUGUUAUUUGCUCUUGAAAAACAAGAAGAAUGGUGAAAAAAAUGGCAUUUCUGUAAAGGAAAACAAGGAAUGUGGCAUUUCUCUCCAGGCCCAAGCUAGGCCCACGCCUGCCACUUGAGCCCAGCCCGCCUGGCCCAAAUCUGCCUCAGCAGCCAGCUCAUCUCCACGUGACCCAGCUCCCCACGCCUCCUGAAGACCUCCCAACGCCAGCUGUCAUCAUCUGCCUUCUCCUGAUGCUCUUCCAGCCGCGCAUCAUCUUGUGAUGCAUUUCCUUCCUUCAGCAAAGAAGGCCCAUGCCCAAAAGCCACGCCUGGCCCAAUUCGCAUGAUGUCCCAUGCCAAGACAACCCAACUGCCACAGCCACCACCAAAAGGCCAAAACUCUCAUUUUUAUUCCCAAUAUUUUUCACUCAAAUAUCAAUUCACUCUUCCUUAUUUUUCUUACCUAAAUAAACAUUCCUAAUUUAUUUUUUACCCUAGCUUUUCACUAAUCUUUUACCCAACCAAACAUUUCAUCUUUCCAAUACUCUUACACUUACUCUAUUUAUCCUACCACUUCCCAACACAAUUAAAUUAAUCAAUUUAUUUAUUUUAAUUUGAUUAAUUUAAUCUCCAUAUUUUGCCUAUAAAUAGAGUCUUGUAAGACCAUUUGGUGGGCUCUUCUUCUUCAUCUUUUCAACAUCUUCUACACAUAUUUUUCUCUCUUCUUUUCACUAUUUUCCCUCUACCAUUUUCAUCUUUUGAAGAGCAUGUCAAGUAUGUUAUUUUGUAAUUUUUAUUUCAAUCUAGUUAUGAGCUUCUAAUCUUUUUCAAAGGUUGUUAAAAUGAUGAUGAAGCAAAAUGUAACUAGAUAGUAUUUUUUUUUUUGUUGUAUGUUGAUUUCCCAUUUGUACAACACUGUUUAUGGAUUUUUCUAUCAAAGAUAUGCAUUUUUCAUCUA